AUGGGUAAGUGGGCAGUGGUCACAGGAUGUUCACACGGGAUUGGAAGAGCAUAUGCGGAGGCAUUGGCGAGGAUCGGAUUGAACGUGAUCCUGAUCAGCCCGGACACGGAGAAUUUGAAGGCUAUCGCGAGCAAUAUCGAGGCGAUGUACAACGUGAAGACCAAAGUAAUUAAGCUGGAUCUGUCGGAGGGUCUGGAGACGUACAACGUGAUCGAGAAAGAGACGUUCGGCCUAGAGAUCGGCGUGUUGGUAAAUAAUCUCGGCAUGUCGUACCCGCAUCCGGAAUACUUUCUGGAUCUGCCUCACAAAGAAAAGAUUUACAUGAGUAUCAUUCAUUGUAACGUAGUCGUUGUAACGAAUAUGUGCCGUAUCCUGUUACCUCAAAUGGUCGUCAGAGGAAAGGGAUUAAUAGUGAACGUAGCCUCAAUGGUUGCUGUGUUGCCCAGCCCUUUAUUAACAGUGUUCGCUGCGACAAAGGCGUACGUCGUGAAGUUCAGUAGAGACCUGCAGAUAGAAUACGGGAAACACGGUGUAAUCGUGCAGUGUUUAUUACCAGGCACAGUGACCAAUCACACGACCGAGUCGCCGCGAUCUGGAUGGAUGGUGCCAACACCUGAAAAGUACGUUCAGAGCGCGAUCAGAACUGUAGGCAAGGAAAACGUGACCACCGGAUUUCUGCAACACUCAGUUUUGAUCGGCAUAAUGAAAUUCAUUUACCGAAUAUCGCCAAGCUCCAUCAUCGUUUGGAUGAUUAAUAUCAUGGAAGGAAAUCGGAAUAACGCACUACGACGAUACAUCGGAUAA